AUGCAGCAGCCCUUGAAUUACCCGUACCCCCAGAUUUUCUGGGUGGACAGCAGUGCCAGCUCCCCCUGGGCUUCUCCAGGGUCAGUCUUCCCCUGUCCGUCCUCUGUGCCAGGAAGGCCCGGGCAAAGGAGGCCACCGCCACUACCACCACCUCUGAAGAAGAGGAGGGGCCACAACACAGGCCUGUGUCUCCUUGUGAUGUUUUUCAUGGUUCUGGUGGCCCUGGUUGGAUUGGGACUGGGACUAUUUCAGCUCUUCCACCUGCAGAAGGAACUGGCCGAACUCAGAGAGUCCACCAGCCAAAGGCAUACAGAAUCGUCUUUGGAGAAGCAAAUAGGUCACCCCAAUCCAUCCUCUGAGAAAACGGAGCUGAGAAAGGCAGCUCAUUUAACAGGCAAGCCCAACUCAAGAUCCAUCCCUCUGGAAUGGGAAGACACUUAUGGAAUUGCCCUGGUCUCUGGGGUGAAGUAUAAGAAAGGCAGCCUUGUGAUCAAUGAAACUGGGCUGUAUUUUGUGUAUUCCAAAGUGUACUUCCGGGGUCAGUCCUGCAACAAGCAGCCCCUGAACCACAAGGUUUACAUGAGGAAUUUUAGGUACCCCCAGGACCUGGUGCUCAUGGAGGGGAAGAUGAUGGACUACUGCACUACUGGCCAGAUGUGGGCCCGCAGCAGCUACCUGGGGGCUGUGUUCAACCUCACCAAUGCUGACCAUUUAUAUGUCAAUGUAUCUGAGCCCUCUCUGGUCAAUUUUGAGGAAUCUAAGACAUUUUUUGGCUUAUAUAAGCUCUAAGAAAAGCACUUUGGGAUUCUCUCCAUUAUGGUUUCUUG